AUGCUGUCUCCUAGGGGAAUCAUAGGCUCCUGGCGGCCUACCAAAGUGGGGAUUUUAGGCGGGGAGAUUUGCUCUCUGCAGGAGCGGUACUUAGUUAAGCAGGAGAUUGGGAGCGGGUCGUAUGGGAUGAUCCGGGCUGUGAGGGAGAAGGAGACGGGGAAAACUUGGGCGUGCAAGAGCAUCGGGAAGGAUCAGAUACAGAGCAAAGCGGCAGUGGCUGCUCUGCAGCAGGAAGUGGGGGUGAUGAAGCUGCUCAAGGGGCAUCCGCAUGUGGUGGAGAUGAAAGAGACUGUGGAGGAUGACACGCACAUACACAUAAUCAUGGAGCUCUGCAAGGGGGGGGACCUCUUUGAUCGCAUCAAGCAGCGGAGCCGCUACGAGGAGAAACCCGCAGCUGCCGUGCUGCAGCAGCUGGCGGGGGUGCUGCAGGCUUGCCACUCCCUGGGGGUCAUGCACCGCGAUGUGAAGCCCGAGAACCUGCUGCUCUGCUCGCCCACAGAUGACGUGGCUGUGAAAGUCACAGACUUUGGGAUCGCUGCUUCGAUCAAAUCAGGCGCCAAGCUAACGGAGUUCAUAGGGUCGCACAUGUACAUGGCGCCAGAAGUGGUCAACAAAAGCUACAGUGCCGAGGCCGACGUCUGGUCGGCGGGAGUCGUCCUAUACGUCCUUCUGGCCGGCGUGCCGCCCUUCUGGGCCUCCACAGAAUCCGGAGUGCUGGAUGCAAUCGUAUCCAAGCCUCUCAACUUCUCCUUCCCUCCAUGGCCGUCCAUUUCCAAAGAGGCCAAGGGCCUUAUAAAAGAGAUGCUUAAGAAAGACCCGGCGGAGAGAAUCACACUGGAUGCGGUGCUUGAGCAUCCGUGGAUCAAGACGCACACUGCACAGUCGCACUAG